AUGUUUUAUGGUUUGUAUGCAGGUCUUUGUGCUGGACAGAGGAGGGUAACUGUUCAGAAGGGCCCUCUUUAUCGAGCAGAAGGCUACCACAUAACCAUUUGGUGCAAUGUCAGUGGCUAUGGGGGGCCAUUGGAGCAGACAUUCCAGUGGUCUGUGUAUUGGCCAUCUGCCCCAAAGAGAGAAAUGCAACUCAUCAGCACUAGUGAUUCCAGUUUCCCAUAUGCUGUCUAUGCCCAGCGUGUCAAGGCAGGAGGAAUCUAUGUAGAGAGGAUUCGAGGAGACUCUGUCUUGCUGCACAUCACCAAUCUUCAGGCUAAGGAUGCUGGCGAGUAUGAAUGUCACACGCCCAACACUGAUGAAAGCUACUUUGGGGAUUACAGUGCCAAAACAAAUUUGUUAGUAAUCCCAGACACACUGUCUGCUACCAUGAAACCACAGGAUCUCACCCAAGAUGAAGGAAAUUCAUUAGAAUUCAUCUGUGAAGUGUCAACAGCAGCAGCCCAACACACCCACCUUUCUAUUGCCUGGUACCUUGUUCAAGGAGAUGGAGAAGAUCAGGAAAUCCUUUCCCUGUCCAGAGAUUUUGUCUUGAUUGCAGGAUCUUCCUACAAUCAGAGGGUUUCCUCUGGAGACAUAAGGCUAGACAAAACUGGGAACAAAAAGUAUAAAUUGUCCAUCGUUAAGAUACUGCCUUCGGACCAGGGGGAAAUUUAUUGUGAAGCAGUUGAGUGGAUUCAAGAUCCUGAUGAAACUUGGAAAGAUAUUGCCCGGAAACGGACAAACAAGACUUCUCUGACUGUCAGGAGCCUUGGUAAGAUGCAUGUGAUCCAUCUAUUGUUCAUAGAAAGUGAAUUGAAAUUGGUUCUGUGGAUCAAUGAAAAACUAAUAAUGGAAGGGGAAGCUUUGAUCUUCCACUGUAAAGCAAGUGUGGCUGAAAAUCCUCUGUCUGUGAAAUGGUGGCAUAUCUUGAGGAACAAAAGCCCUCCAGUGCUCAUAGCCAACAUGGAUCAAGAUGGCAUGUUAAAGAUAGGAACUUCUUACUUGGAGCGCAGUGCUCGUGGUGACCUCAGAUUAGAAAAGGUGGACUCUUCUACAUUUACCUUGACGAUCUACAACACUUCAGCUACAGAUGAUUCAGGGCUUUAUCGUUGUGAAGUGACAGAGUGGUUCAAGGGCAGAAACUGGGAACAUGCUCAGGAAAUCUCAGCCAACGUUGAAUCACUGGGGAUGAAUCUGAAAGCUGUACUGAUCAGCAGAAUUGCAAAUGUAAUGCUGCAUGAAGAUUUUGAACUGUACUGUCGGGUGUCAGUUAACCACAGCACCAACAGAGUGCCAAUUUCUGUCAUUUGGCAAUUCCAUCCUAGUUCAGGCCUGUCUGGCUACCAGAAAGUGGUGAAAAUCACAGCAGAAGGCAUCAUCGAAUGGGGAUCAGCCCUUCUGCACUUCCAGAAGAAAACCAAGAUUUCCAAAUCCUCCUCUUCAUCCCAGCUUCUAAUCCACGGUGCUACAUGGCAAGAUGCAGGGAUAUAUAAGUGUGAAGUUGAAGUCUGGAAAAAUUCUCAGCAAGCAAGCAAUUCGGGUAUAGCCGCAGCUGCAGUGGUAUCCUCUAAUCCUGUUGAAAUAAAAGUCACGCAACCAGAAAUUAAAUGUGAAAUCAUCUCAUUGAGCAAAGAGGAAUCUCAGUUAGGAGUCUCUUGGUACUUUCAGCUAUUGUCUCCAGAGGAUGCAGUCCCACUGCUGAUUUUGGCAACCAAUUACAGUAACAUAGUGGAAUAUGGGGAAGCUUUCAGUUCUCCUCAGAAGAAAUCCAGAUUUCAUAGUGAGAAGGUCUCCAGUCGCCUGUAUCAGCUCUCUAUUCUAUCAGUAGAUUAUGAUGUCAGGGGCACAUAUUACUGUGUAGUAGAGGAAUGGAUCUGGUCAGUGGAAAGUGGCUGGUGCAACCUUGGAAAGACAGAAUCAGGAAGAACUACUGUGAAUUUCAAGCCUUCAGACAAUAAACUACACAUUGAAAGUACAAACCACAGCAUCACCAUCACUGAAAAUGAGGAUGUGACUCUGAAAUGUCUCCUCCAGAGCCAAAUACGCCCUACCUCUCACUUCUCCAUCAGUUGGUUCAAAGUAUCAAUCCAUUCCAGUACAGAAACCCUGCUGAAAAUAAAAGACAAUGGCAUCAUUGAGUAUGGCGAUGUGAAGAUGGCAAGGAGGUUGCGCCCCAACUGCCCUUCUACUGGUGACUUUCAUCUGACAAUACAAGAUGUGGAGGUGGGUGAUUCUGGACUGUUCUACUGCCAAGUGGAAGAAUGGGCAGUCAACUGCAGCACUGCUCAAGUUCAACAAGCAUCGGUUCCAACUGAAUCUACAGAGAUCUGUUCUUCUGCAUCAUUCUUCCAUUUCCUUUUGUUCUACCCCCUGGGAAUGUUCGUUAUUUUGAUGGCUGCUAUUCUCUUCUUGUGUUUCAAAAUCAAAUCCAUCCACCGGAAACAAUGUAAUCUGAAGACAAAACAAGAAUUCGGGGGGGAAAUUGGGUUACUGCAACCUGCCCACCUGCAAGAGACAAAUAGUCUUAAGGUCAGUAGUGUGGACUGGACUGAACAUGAAGAGCAGAUGGUGCCCCAUUCAUUGAAGUAA